AUGCAAUGUUGUUGGCAAGUGAAUCCAAGCAAGAGGCCAUCAGCAAAUCUCUUGAAAAAUAUUUUAAAUAUUUUAAUGAAUUAUAGAAGAGCGAAAAUUGAUAACGCGGAUGAACGUGCCAAAUAUAUUAUUUCACAAUUUCUGGAAGCAGAUUCUGAAUUAUUACCACCUGUUAAAGGUUUACAUCAUCCCGAAGCAUAUCGUAUUAGUCGUUGUUUUCCAAAAUUAAAGAAAAGCAAAUCAAGUGAAAAUUUUGAUUCUCAAGGCAA